AUGCGUCUCACCAGCAUUGCACUCCUCUUCGCCGCUACGACAAUGGCCAAGGAGCUCCCCGGCAGUCUCUGGGACUGGGAGGUUUACGGCUUCAACCGUACUUGCCCAACAGACCUAGAGAGUAAGGAAUUCUACGAUCAUCAUAGUGACAAUGUUGUCAUGUUCGGCGACAAGGACGAGAGCAAAAACUGUGAGGCGUGGCUCCCCCCCGCUGACUGGGAUUACGACAACCACUUGCUCGUGAUGAGAGGGUUUGAGGGGAAUGACAUGGAGCUGGAGAUUUACGGGCAUGGGGGCUGUGAGAAGGACACACAGAUUAAUAAGAUCUACACGGAUGGUUGCACUGUUGUCCCUUCGGAUAAUCUUGCUCGACCCUAUGCGGAGGACAAGAAGAUACAUACCACUUCUAUCUCAUGA